CAAGAUUUCAAAAGUUCUACCUGGCCUUGUUUAUUGAAUUUGAAAAGCAUACCGAUACAACUUGCUCAACGGCAACGACCAAUCGUCCUGUAUUAAGAGAAUAAUGCCGACCGGCUCCGUUCUGGUCCGCGCCGUGCGCUUGGCGGUUCGCAACGCCGUCAAGCCGCGCAGCUCGCCAAGGUUUGCGUCAGGCGGAGGAAAAUCUUGUGCGGUAGCGGAGGAGGACGAGGAGGAAUUCUUGGAGCCGACACGACAGCAUGGACGAGGGCGGCACCGCGCAACCAACAAGGGGACGAACGAGACUGAAACGGGAUCUAGUGCUCCUUCACAGGGCGUACAACUACAGCGUGAACCGAACUCGUCGAGUACUCCUGCUCAAGGUGACAAAACCUAUUGCAACUCAGGAGAAGCUGCAUCUUCAGGUGGAUCUGCAUCAUCAACGACAAGAGCAGGUGGAGCGUCAUCGAGCGGAGGUGGAGCCUCUGCAUCUUCUGCUCUCUCUUCUACUUCCUCCUCCUCUUCAAUGACAAUGACUAAACCUCACGAUCCCUUUGUCCCAUCCGAUGACAUGUUUUUAGCAUUCCACGACGAAGAUGAAAACGGAUUCAAGCGCCCCCCUCGGUCCUGCGGACACAGCAGAAUGAGCCGCAGCUGUGGAAUGAUCACAGAUUCUAUCUGUGGGGUUGAAGAACUACGGAGAAGCAAAAUAAAGAAAAACAAGCUGCACGAGGUAGAAGAUGAGCGUACUAGAGGUCACUCCUCAUUCGCUGGAGGAGCCAAUACAACAACGUCUGGAAAGAACAAUUGGUUCCAGACUUUCUGCGAGGUCCUCGACUGUUGCUCCUGGUGGACCAAUAUCCUGUGCAGAAGUACUUAGUCAAAGCACUAUCGUGGUGCCAUUGAAAAUUGCAUUUAGAAAUACGACGUGACAGACACAUCUCAACUUUCUUUGCCUGUUCUUGUAUGACAACGUGCACGACUGAAAAACCUGAUAAUUAAUGUUAAAUGCGAUGAUUUCCGUUAGUGCGAUGAUAGAUACAUUUGCAAUGCAUAAGCCAUCUGGACAAGUCGUUUGUGAUCCUCGGAAGUUUCUUUUCGUCCAUUGUGCUGAUGAAUUCGACGAAAUGGAUCUACGUGUUCUGCGAGUUCCGCUACCCCUUCUUUGUCACGGCCCUGCACUCGGUGUUUUCCUACCUCAUUGCGCUAGCCGUGACUUCCGGCAUCUUUAAUAAGGUUGGUGGGAGUGCUAGUAUCUCCACCAAAAGUAGCCUUUCCGCCCGGGACUGGACUCCGAGACAGACCCAUGUCUUCACACUGUCGGAGCAGGUGCGUGUUUAUUUACGAUACUGAAUGAUGAAAUAGGUGUUGUUCCUUUCUCACGGUUGGCACUCAACUCGGCAGCUGAAACAGCCGUGCAUCUUUUGGAUAGCGGAAAUCAACAUGUGCAUGGAGAUGUAGAUCUUUCUAUGUAUCUCUCAUGCCUAUGCUGGGAGAACGACCUCCACCUCGGCCUUCGCUGUGGCAGGCAACGCAUUGCAUUUUAAGACUUCAACCGUCUCCACCAAGCAAUAAUCCGAAAGAGAUUUUCAUUUUUUUGCCAUGCAUGCUGCAGCGAAGUUCAAGUUUGACAAAGUCAAAGCAGUCAGACACGGAAUGCAAACAUUUUUUCACGUGUAUAUUGAAAAAAAACAGGUCACGAAAAUUCUUCCAUUCAGCGUCUUCGGGGCCUUGUCCAUUUGUUGUGCCAACGUAGCGCUGCUGUUCCUCUUUCCCAGUUUUCACACCAUGCUGCAGAAUACCACGCCGUUUUGGACCAUGGUGGUCAUGAUUUCGUUCGGGAGCACCAGCUACAAUACGUGGAGCUAUUUGUCAAUGAUACCCAGUAUGAGAGUGGAGGGCUAAUACAGACUGAUUUUUGGGGCGGGUCUUAUUUUUGUCAACCGAGUCUCAUGUAGGUCAUGCGGUGGAAAUGAUGAAGCUUCCAGACCUGCCAGAGUCACUGGCUGUUGCAACUCAUGCGGAAAAGAGAUCCGACCCAUUGACCGUUGCAGCAUGUAGACAUUCAUCGUCACAUAGGUCGUACAAGAACAAGAAAAGUCAGCAUUUGAAACUCCAUACGCUUUUGUGGUGGCGGUAUUCUUUGCGGCUUCGGCGAAGUGAACUUCCAUCUUUUCGGUAUUCAGUUAUCAGGUUUUCUUGUUACAUGCGUAAUCAUGCAGCUAAUGAGUUUCAUGUUGCAGCCCCAGCCGUGCAAGUGAGUUUCUGGACUUUCCUGCAUCAAGACAGAAGCGCGAAAUGUAAAUGGUCGAACUAUCCAGAGGGUGGUGCUGUCAGCUAGAUCUAGAAAGAAGUGAAGCAAGGGCCACCACCUCCACCAAGCAAACCACGAUUCGAUAAUUACUCAAAACCCAGGUAUCCUCCUGAGCAUCGGGUGCGCAGUUUUUCGCGCCUUUCGAGUUCUGGUUCAGUCCCGCAUGCUGUGCGACGAAGCGGAGCCGGUUUCUUCCAUCACGUUACUCCUCUACGCCAGCCCGUGGAACGUGCUGCUGUACGUGACGACCGGGUCUGUGGUCGAGGGGAUAACGCCCUACAGAGAGUUUUUCCUCGCCGAACUGCCCCUGGACACCUACGUCGCGCUGAUUUUCUCCGCGCUCUGCGCCGCGUUUUUUAACUUGUUUGCGUUCCUGCUGGUGUCGCGCCUGGGGCCGUUGACUUCCGUGGUAGUGGGGAAUUUCCAAAACAUCGGGAUCCUCUUUUCCUCGGUUUUGAUCUUCGGCAACAAGUGCACGAAUCUGCAAGUUCUCGGGUUCACGAUCAUGCUGUUUGGGAUGUAUCUGAAGCAGCAGUAUGGAAUGGAAAUCAAGCAGGCCGAAGGUCCUCUUAUUGGUACUGGAAAUAAAGGAAAAGGAAAACAAGAACAACUUCUACAACAAGCGGCGUCAAAAGCAAACACGAAUCUUCACGACGAAACUGCUGGCUCGACGCAAUCACAACAGCAUCUGGGGAGGCACACCAGGACGGCGAACAACUACAAGCAACGAACCACGACGAGCUACAAGAACACGCAGCAGCGGCAGUUGGACAUAAUCGUCGAGAAUGAUCCACAUAGUUUGAAUAGUAGUUCAACAUCAUCUCUCAGCAACAACUACUCCUGUACUAGGAGCCCAGGAUCAAUUGUGCCUAAAGAAAAAGAUGAUUAUCAACAUCAUGGAGACCACACAGCGUCAGCAUCUUCCUCGAAAAUCCCCGGUGGGAAGGCAUAUUUACGCUCGCCACAAUAUCAACAAAGGAAUAAGAGGCGCAUAACUGGAGCAGGUACUAGUACUGGAGCUGGCGAUGAAAAUGUUGAAAUCGGACAACUACUUGAUAUGGAAGACGAAAAGUCGCAGCCGCUGCUGCAGAAUCACCAGCGCGAUGACUUGUAUGUGGAGCAGGGACGAGAAGAACCUCUCGGUAGUAGUGUGUUGCCACCACAUCACCAGAGGAUAAAACAACACCAACAUCAAAACGACCUGCAAGAUCCUGGAGAAGGCACUAGCACGACCGAAGACGCCGAAGGUAUCACAAUGAAAAAUGCUCCCACCCCCGAACUUGAAAGCAUUUGUAUUGCAAACCUUUCCAAAUGAAACAUUCGCCCUCUUGCAUGUAUCGGCAUCACAGAGUUCCGAUCGUGAAUAGCAAAAAUUUGUAUUGCAAAAGAUCCCAGCAAGAGCGGUGCUUGUCAUGCAAGCGAUGCGCAACACGACGAGACUCUACAUCAGAAAGAUUCAUACUCCUUUCAUGCAUGACAAAAAGGUUUCAUUUGGAAACCUCGCAUCACAAAUUUUUGCAACUUUGGGGGUGGGGGGCACUUUUCACUGGAAUAGAAGGUAGCCGGACUUCGGAGACGGAAAGCAGCAGUUGUGCGGCGACGAGCGUCGACGUUGGCGGGACACUGGACCUUCUGCAAGGAGGGGGAAAUAAUAUUCCACCGCAGCCUGCGACGACUUCUUCUUCUUCGAGUGGAGAUACUACGGCAGCAAAGUCGUUGAAGUUUAAGUUUGGAAGAAGGAGAUAGGAAAAAACUCGGUGGACCCUGUUAGAAGUGCAUUUAGUAGUAACUGGUAGGUUGCAAAAGCAAGCGUUUAGUAACUUCACUACAACUCGUACGGAAAAUCUCUGAUUAUCAAAAUGAAAGUUUAGCUUCCUGGUCCUGGAGGAACAGUUUUUAGUUUUACAGGAACAACAUAUCAAUGUAACACUGUAUAAAGUUGUCGCUUUGAGCCACUUUUUUUUUGAAAAGAGCUCCAGUGUGGGCGCUAAAAAACUGCUUCCAAGAAAUGCAGUUAGUCUCAGUGUUAAGUUCAUCACCGUCACCCCGGGGUCCAAACCAAACUAAAAUUGAGACUACAACACGGCGAACAACUUCAGUGGAGGUCGCAACUUGGAAGCUGAGAUCAGAAUUUCAAAGCACGAUGAUUGACGCCAUUCACAACACGGUUUCGGCGUAGAAGCCCGAGCAGGGGUUGUAAGCACGAGCAAAGUUAUGAAAAGCAAAGCACAAAAUCAGAAAGAAACACGUGGAAGCAAUUUUUGGAGUAUUAAGUGUAAGCAUCUACAGAUGAUUGUCACUAAACGAAUAACCUGCUGUAAAAAUCGUGUGUAUAGAAAGCAAAUGAAGAAGCAAUAGAAGAAGCCGGAGGGGGGACGAAGGUGCU